AAUGGAUUCGAGGAUAAAUAACAAAUGAGUUUACAUACUAAUCAAAGGGUAAGGAAGAAAAUCGUUUAUGGGUCAGAUAAUAGUCCAAUUGACAAAUCUGAAGAAAAGUGACAAACACAAAGGUGACUAUAUUGAAAACAACAACCUUGAUAUAUGUAUCCCUAAACAUUAUCUAAAAGGACUACUUCCACGAUGUACUCUCAACGUGCAAUUUAGAUUUAAUGAUGAUUUCUAUAAACAAACAGAUGGAGUUACAAUGGGUUCUCUAUUGGGUCCCUUCUUGGCUGAUUGUUUCAUGGCCAAUCUAAAAAAUUCCGUUCUUCCACCAAUAAUUGGAAGAUUUCAUUUAUAUAAGAGACAAAUGUUUGAUAAUUUUAUUAUUUGUGAAGAAGAUAUGGACCUCAAUGACAUUUUGAAGUUUCAAUAAUCGUCACCCCUCAAUUCAAUUCACCUUAGAAGCAGAGGCAAACGAGGAAUUUCAUUUCUUGAAGCUUGCUUGAUUAAUAUUCAGUGUGUUAUUAUAACCUUUGUGCUUGUCGCUUUUCUUCAGACUGGUCAAUUGGACUAUUAUCUGAC